AGUCUUGCCCUCCCCCACCCAAAACAAUCUGGAAGCAACCAAAAAGGAAUAUUUAUUUGAGCCUAGACUUCCCACAAAAUGAGCAACAUUUUUGAUUAGUUUUCAAAAAUUGAGAAUUUUAUACAGUUUUCAAACAAAGAACAGGAAUGACAAUGGCAGUCUAGAUUUGGUCAUUGUGGAGGUGUUGAGGGGGAAAAAAUACACCUUCUGUAUUUGGCACAACAUAGUUGUUUGAAAGCACCUAACAUGCUUCCUGAUAGGCUUUCCUGAUAAGCUCAGCUAUAUUCAUGGAAUUUUUUUGGGAAUACCUCCUAUGCUUACUCUUUCUCUCAAACUGCCAGCGGGUAAGGGGAUGGGGGAACAUGUAGAUAAGGAAUGUGUAUGUAUGUUUGCUCACUUGCUUGAGUGAGGAAGAGGAAUGGAAUAGGAAUAUGAAAGGAGGGUAGGUGCACAUAUGCACUCCCUUGUCUCUUGAUCUCCCUUGUCUCUUGAUGGUUGGGAGAAAGAGAUGGGAUAGUAGAGCGUGAGAAGGGAGAUUACACAUGUGUGUUCCCUCAGACACAGGUGGUGGAAAGGGACAUGGGAUUGAGGGUAGGGAAGGUGGAGUGCAUUCAUGGCCUGGUAUACCCACUAAAGGCAACAGGUGGGAAGAGGAUGGGAUGGGGGAGCGCAAGGAAGGAGGGAUGGGUGGUGGUAUCCAGGGCAGACAGAGGGAGCAGGCUGAUGGGGAGGAAUAGGAGAAAGCCAAGGUUGGAGCAAGGGAUGAUGUUAGUGACAAAAAUAGGGCAAAGGUUGUGGAAAGGUGCUGCAGCUGCUGCCACAUAAUCAUGUUCCACAGCUGAUGAUGGUUGGUGAUGUCAGGCCUAGCAGUUGGUGAUGGAAGGGGUUAAUGUCGUUAUAAAGGGCAGAGUAAUCUGUAAGUAAGAAUUUGCAGGUGAAAGCAAUUAAGGGUGGAGACAUGCAAGAGAUAGGUUGCAGCUGGGUUUAACUGGUUAUAAGGAGCUAGCCUGGAGAUGUAUCUUUGGAAGAAAAAGUAUUUGUCCUAUUUGGGUGUGGAUACUGCUGGUUUCCCCCCCAGAUUUAUCAAUGGCAGUACAAAAAUUUUCUCAGUCACUUCAAGAUUUUCAGUUUGAAUGCAUUGGAGAUGCUGAAACAGAUGAUGAAAUUAGCAUCGCCCAGUCAUUGAAGGAGUUCGCUCGAUUACUGAUUGCAGUAGAGGAAGAGAGAAGACGCCUGAUCCAGAAUGCUAAUGAUGUUUUAAUAGCACCUCUGGAGAAAUUUCGUAAAGAACAGAUAGGUGCAGCAAAAGAAGGAAAGAAGAAGUUUGACAAAGAAAGUGAAAAGUAUUAUUCUACCCUGGAAAAGCACUUAAAUUUAUCAGCAAAGAAGAAGGAGUCACACCUGCAAGAUGCAGAUACCCAGAUUGACAGAGAACAUCAAAAUUUCUAUGAAGCAUCAUUAGAAUAUGUAUUUAAAAUUCAAGAAGUACAAGAGAGAAAGAAGUUUGAGUUUGUUGAGCCACUUUUGGCAUUUCUUCAGGGCUUAUUUACGUUUUAUCAUGAAGGAUAUGAAUUGGCCCAGGAGUUUGCACCAUACAAGCAGCAGCUGCAAUUCAAUUUACAGAAUACACGGAAUAAUUUUGAAAGCACGAGGCAGGAAGUGGAGCGACUCAUGCAGAGAAUGAAAUCAGCCAGUCAAGAUUAUAGACCUCCAAGCCAGUGGACGAUGGAAGGCUACCUCUACGUUCAAGAGAAACGACCUCUGGGAUUUACUUGGAUUAAACAUUACUGUACUUACGACAAGGGAUCAAAAGCUUUUACAAUGAGCCUUUCUGAACCAAAGUCUGGAGGAAAAGUGAAUGGUCUUGUUCCAAGUUCACCAGAAAUAUUCAAGUUGAAGUCCUGCAUCCGGAGAAAGACAGAUUCAAUUGACAAGCGCUUCUGUUUCGAUAUUGAAGUUGUUGAAAGACAUGGGAUCAUUACACUACAGGCUUUUUCCGAAUCCAACAGAAAACUCUGGCUGGAAGCUAUGGAUGGAAAAGAACCAAUUUAUACUUUGCCAGCUAUUAUUAGCAAGAAAGAAGAAAUGUUCCUAAAUGAAGCUGGCUUCAAUUUCGUAAGAAAAUGCAUUCAUGCUGUGGAAACGAGAGGUAUUACAAUCUUGGGGUUGUACAGAAUAGGUGGUGUGAAUUCCAAAGUUCAGAAGCUGAUGAAUACCAUAUUUUCUCCUAAAUCUCCUCCUGACAUGGACAUUGAUUUAGAAAUUUGGGACAAUAAAACUAUUACAAGUGGACUAAAGAACUACCUCAGGUGUCUUGCAGAGCCGUUGAUGACUUUCAAGUUGCACAAGGAUUUCAUUGUUGCAGUUAAGUCUGAUGAUCAAAAUUAUAGAGUGGAAGCAGUCCAUGCACUUGUACACAGACUGCCAGAGAAGAACCGAGAGAUGCUGGACAUCCUAAUCAAGCACUUGGUCAAAGUAUCGUUACAUAGUCAACAAAAUCUCAUGACCAUAUCCAACCUUGGAGUUAUUUUUGGUCCCACGCUGAUGAGAGCCCAAGAGGAAACAGUAGCUGCUAUGAUGAACAUCAAGUUUCAAAAUAUUGUGGUUGAGAUUCUCAUUGAACAUUACGAAAAGAUAUUCCACACAGCCCCGGACCCCAACAUUCCUCUUCCGCAGCCUCAGUCCCGAUCGGGCUCAAGAAGAACAAGAGCAAUCUGCCUCUCCACAGGCUCUCGCAAACCCAAAGGACGAUACACACCAUGCCUGGCAGACCCAGAUAGUGAUUCAUACAGUAGCAGUCCAGACAGUACUCCUAUGGGCAGCAUUGAAUCACUCUCUUCUCACUCAUCAGAACAGAACAGCACUACAAAACCAACAUCUUCUCAGCCCAAGGAAAAAACAGGGGCUGUCCCUUGGAUUGCGUCAUCCCCAUCUAAUGGACAGAAAAAUUCAGGCCUUUGGACCAUAAGUCCUGAUUCUUCCUCAAAGGAGGAUGCAGCAAAAACAGAUGUGGAAUCUGACUGUCAAAGUAUUACAUCCAUCACUGGUUCAGAGAAUGUGACUCCUCCAGUGGACCCAAGCACAAAAGGACUGUAUAGUCUCUCUGGAAUCAAAAGAUCCACACCGUCAUCCAUCAGAUCAAUUUCUUCUGAAGGUAACAAAAGCUGCACUGGUUCUGUACAAAGUUUAGCAUCCUUGGAUGCUAAAGAAAUAUCAAAGACCCCAGAAAACCCAGACCUGCCUCCCAAAAUGUGCAGAAGACUGCGGUUAGAUACUACAUCAAGUAAUGGCUAUCAGAGACCAGGGUCUGUGGUAGCAGCAAGAGCCCAGCUGUUUGAAAGUGGUUGCUCACUUAAGCAGACUUCCUCAGGAAGGCAAGCCAAGGCCAUGUAUUCCUGUAAAGCUGAACACAGUCAUGAACUCUCCUUCCCACAGGGAGCAAUAUUUUCCAAUGUGUAUCCAUCAGUGGAGCCAGGAUGGCUAAAAGCAACGUAUGAAGGCAAAACAGGACUCGUCCCGGAGAAUUACGUUGUCUUUCUCCAGUAGUAGUUAGCAGUCAGCAGUAUCUUCAUGGUAUCCAUGGUGACAAGCAAUAAGCACUAUGAUUUUUUUAAUCUGACACAGAUACAAGGAUCUGCCAGGUAGCCCUGCAUGUGGUAGAUUUCCUUCGACUUCUGUGACUACAGAUUAUGUAGCCUCUUACGAGAAUCUAAUGAGAACUGUCAACAGGGGUUGUGUUUUUUUAAAAUAAUCUUUCUGGACUUUGAAACUGAAAAUGGUACCUUUUGUGUUUUCCACCACUAGUAACAUUUUCUAAAAAGAAAUCAUAUCAGUGGAAAAUGAGAAACUGAAGAUAAAGGAAAGGCGAAUUGGCUCUUGUUUUUUCUCAGCUGGAAGUUUUUUCUCAGUUGGUCCCACCCAUUUCAAGAAAGUUUUGAUUUAAAUGCCUACUCAAAUGUUUCAUAUAUGAUCACAGAUUUCACUAUUUGCAAAUGCAAUGUGUGACACAGGGCUGUCGCUCCCAUUAAUUUGCACACCAUUUAAUUAAUGUGAGUGGUUUUUGUUUUAAAAUGGAUUUUAAUGUGGUAUAUGUGUGUUUUGUUUUGUUUUCCUUCACUACUUUGUGCUUUAUCCAUAUAAUUAUUAAUAAAUUAUAUUUAUACCGUC